AUGGGUGUUAAACUAAGCAUGACGACCGCUCAUAGGGCGCAAGCAGAUGGACAAACAGAACGCCAAAACCUGGUGUUAAAGGACGCUUUACGCUGCUUGGUAGCCUACAGUGGAGAAAAAUGGGUCAAGCUACUUGGUACUGUAGAGUACGCGCACGCCACCUCGGUGAAUCCGUCCACUAAGCUCACCCCAUUUGAGAUCGAUACCGGAAGAAAGGUUUCAAAUUCGAUUUCUCACGAAUACAAAGAGUACGAUGGUCUGGGCCCACAACCAAUCUCAGAGCUUGCUUCAAAGUUCGCCAAAGAUCGUCAAGACGUAGUGCGUAAGGCACGAAAAAACCUAGAGCAAGCCCAAGAAAGACAGAAAAAGUACUACGACUCUAAAAGAACAAACCUCACCUUUAAUGUCGGUGACUUAGUUCUACUGGAUACCAAAAAUUUACCGUUAAGGACAGUCAACGCUCACAUUGGGUUAAAGAAAGCAAAGCUCGCGGCCAAAAAAGUUGGACCGUUUGAGAUAAUCAAGAUGAUCAACCCGAAUGUAGCGAAGUUGAAGCUACCACGAAAUUUGAAGAAACUGCACUCAUCGUUUAACGUCGACCUACUCUUUACAUACAAGCCGAAUGCCUCUGAGUUCGCUGGACGACCGAUUCCAAAAACAUCACCGGUUAUCCUAGAGGCAGAUACCGGUAAAGAACUUCACAUUGUGGAAAGGUUGCUUAGUCGUCGUCAGCGCAGCCGUCAAAUAGAAUGGCUAGUAAAAUGGCACGGCCUGCCGGAGUGUGAUAGUACUUGGGAACGCGAGAAAGCUAUCCGCCACGUUUCGCAUUGGCAGCGACUAGUAUAG